AAGGGAGACGCACGCGUUCGAAAGCUGUGUCGAGUGCGUCGUAGCGAGCGCCUGCGCAGACGCCAGCCACCGCCUGAUUAGGCAGCAACUUUCGAUGGGGCACCAGAGUCCGAGGAGCCUGAAGUCCAGGCACGGCGUCGUCGCAUCUAUAGCAAGCUGCUGCGCAGCGGGAUGACCGAACGCCGUUUGGGUCGUGAGCUGGCAGAGAUCAAGCGCAAUCCAUUGGCUGGUUGCAAAGUGGAUAUGUUGAAUAGCAAUUUAUUCGAGUGGAUUGCCGCGCUUGAAGGGCCCCAGGGCACACCCUAUGAGGGCGGGCUCUUUCACAUACACGUCACCUUCCCGCGUGACUAUCCUUUUACUCCGCCGAACCUAAGGUUCCUAACCAAAAUCUAUCACUGCAACGUGCAUGCCGAUCAGAUCUGUGUGGAAAAGUGGUCUCCGGUCUUAACCGUGGGCAAGCUGCUGGUGUCGGUGCUUGCGCUGCUGGUGUCACCCAAUCUACAGGAUCCGCUGAAUCCGGCAAUUGCUAAGCUAUAUAUGGAGCAUCGCGCUGAGCACGACAGCAUAGUCCGCGACUGGACCGAUCGCUUUGCCAUGCCGGAAGACAUCAAACCCAUUAUUUGA